UCUAAUCCAGCUGCAUUCUGCGGUGCAGAAAAAAUUGUUUUGUGUCCUGAUCAUCUCUACCAUUGUGCCAGCGUUGACAGGUGUGUGUGUGUGUGAAAGCGAGUGUGUGCCGGCGUGCUUGUGUGUGUGUGUGUGUUUAGUAUGAAUCAAAUUGCUGCUCAUCUAAUCUCUCAAAGUGACGGAGUUCCAUCGCGCGGGGGAAGGGGGAGGGGUCUGCAUUUGCUUUGGCCGUAUGAAAAAAAAAAAGAAAAAAAAGUGGGCUAGUCCACCUAGUGCUUUCUUCACAGACGCCUGCAUGAUAAUCCCAAUCUGUGGCCAUUAGUGCUCUGAGAGAGGGAGUGAGGAGAGGGUUCAACAGAGGGAGAGGAAGAGAGAGAGAGAGGGAGAGAGAGGGAGGGGGGUGCCUAGACAGAGAUGCACACAGAGGAAAAAGAACGAGAGAGAGAGAGAGAGAGAGAGGGAGAGCUUUUAAGGGAUUUGGCAGUGAUUUGUAGAAUCUCACUGCUGUAAUGUUGCGCUUUUUCUGCACUUUUCUCUGAUUCUGCCAUGACACCGUACCCUCCAGCCUCAAAGCUCACGGUUCUCAUCUUGUCUCCAGAAAUCACGGCUGCUUCUUUUUCAGGCCGUUGAUUUUUUCUAGUGUGUUUUUUUGGUUAUUUCUGUGAGUGCACGCACACUAUCUGAGAUGAUAGAGGAUUUACUUUUGGUGAGCAGAGGAGAGCCUUGCCUCUAAAAACAUAUACAAUCACAUUUUGGACCAUGGACGGAGGCCUGCACGGAGGAGCUCAUGUGAAGGAUAAAGUCAGCGGUGGUCGAUGAAGAAUGGGCAGGUGUCAAAGGUAGAGGGAGUGGCCUGGUGCUGUCAGUAACUCUGCUGGUCAUCAUCAUGACAACAGAGGCUAGCUCAUCCCAUCAGUGCUGCUGGCUCGCUGCAUCGUUUGGGCACCACACAUGGCUUCAGCUGCUUUGGGUGCUGCUGGUGUGUAUCGGCGCACCCUCAUCGCGGGCCCAGCAGGGCACGCAGCCCCAGUCCAUCAAAAUCGAGGGGGACAUCACCCUGGGCGGGCUCUUCCCGAUGCACUCCCGAGGGCCCGCCGGGGUACCCUGCGGGGACAUCAAGAGAGAGAAGGGGAUCCAUCGGCUGGAGGCCAUGCUGUACGCCUUGGACCAGAUCAACAGCGACCCGGACCUGCUGCCCAACAUCACUCUCGGGGCUCGGAUCCUGGACACCUGCUCCAGAGACACCUACGCCCUGGAGCAGUCGCUCACCUUCGUCCAAGCCCUCAUCCAGAAGGACAACUCUGACGUGCGCUGCUCAAACGGAGAGCCUCCCAUCAUCCCCAAACCAGAGAGGGUGGUCGGGGUGAUCGGGGCAUCUGGCAGCUCGGUGUCCAUCAUGGUGGCCAACGUUCUGAGAUUGUUUGCGAUCCCUCAGAUCAGCUAUGCCUCCACUGCCCCGGAGCUGAGCGACAAAAGCCGCUACGAGUUCUUCUCCCGUGUGGUGCCUCCUGACUCCUACCAGGCCCAGGCCAUGGUGGACAUUGUCAAAGCCAUGGGCUGGAACUACGUCUCCACGCUGGCCUCCGAGGGCAACUACGGGGAGAGCGGUGUUGAUGCCUUCCUCCAGAUAUCCAGAGAAGCAGGAGGGCUGUGCAUUGCACAGUCUAUAAAGAUUCCCAGAGAACCCAGACCGGGGGAGUUUGAUAAGAUCAUCAAGAGGCUGAUGGAGACCUCUAACGCCCGCGGGGUCAUUAUCUUUGCCAACGAAGACGACAUCAAACGGGUGUUGGAGGCCGCCAAAAAGUCCAACCUGACGGGUCACUUCUUGUUUGUUGGAUCUGACAGUUGGGGGGCCAAAAGCUCCCCGAUUCAAGACCAGGAGGAGGUGGCCGAGGGUGCUGUCACCAUCCUGCCCAAAAGAGCCUCUAUUGAUGGGUUCGAUCAGUACUUCACUUCAAGGUCGCUAGAAAACAACAGGAGAAACAUCUGGUUUGCAGAAUUCUGGGAGGACGACUUCAAGUGCAAACUCACUCGCCCCGGCAUAAAAUACGAACCCGGUAGAAGAAAGUGUACAGGUGAAGAAAGAAUCAGUCGAGACUCUCAGUACGAGCAGGAGGGCAAGGUUCAGUUUGUGAUUGACGCUGUAUACGCCAUGGCCCACGCCUUACACAGCAUGCACAUAGACCUCUGUCCUGGCUCUAUGGGGGUCUGCGAGAAGAUGGACCCCGUGGAAGGAAGGAUGCUCCUCCAGUACAUUCACUCUGUGAACUUUAAUGGCAGCGCAGGAACUGGAGUGAUGUUCAAUGAGAAUGGAGACGCUCCUGGUCGAUAUGACAUCUUCCAGUACCAGUUGUCCAAUGUCAGCAUCCCUGGCUACAAGAUUAUCGGCCAGUGGACAAACCACCUUCGACUCAAUUCAGAGGAGAUGCAGUGGUCGGGUGGUGACCGUAAGAUCCCAGAGUCUGUGUGUAGUUUCCCUUGUGAGUCUGGUGAGAGGAAAAAGAUGGUAAAGGGCGUUCCCUGCUGCUGGCACUGCGAGCUGUGCGACGGCUACCAGUACCUGCUGGAUGAGUUCACCUGCGACAUGUGCCCUUUCGACAUGAGGCCCUUAAAGAACCGCACGGGCUGCCGGAACACACCCAUCAUCAAGCUGGAGUGGAGCUCUCCCUGGGCCAUCAUCCCCGUCUUCCUGGCCAUCCUUGGCAUUCUGGCCACCACGAGCGUCAUUGUCACCUUCAUCCGCUUCAACGACACCCCGAUCGUCCGGGCCUCUGGCAGAGAGCUCAGCUACGUCUUGCUGACGGGCAUCUUCCUCAUCUACCUCAUCACCUUUCUGAUGAUCGCGGAGCCUAGCGUGGCCGUCUGUGCCUUCCGCAGACUGCUGCUGGGGCUGGGGAUGUGCAUCAGCUACUCCGCCAUGCUCACAAAGACAAACCGGAUCUACCGGAUCUUUGAACAGGGCAAGAAGUCGGUCACGCCGCCUAAGUUCAUCAGCCCCACCUCUCAGCUCAUUAUCACCUUUAUACUCAUCUCAGUGCAGAUACUCGCAGUGUUCAUCUGGUUUGGCGUCAUGCCCCCCCACACCAUCAUCGACUACGAGGAGCAGAAGCCUCCGAAUCCCGAGUUCGCCCGUGGAGUGCUCAAGUGCGACAUGUCCGACCUGUCCCUCAUCUUGUGUCUGAGCUACAGUAUCGUGCUGAUGAUCACCUGCACGGUGUACGCCAUCAAGAGCAGAGGGGUUCCUGAGACCUUCAACGAGGCCAAGCCCAUCGGCUUCACCAUGUACACAACCUGCAUCAUCUGGCUGGCCUUCGUACCCAUAUUCUUUGGCACCGCGCAGUCAACGGAGAAGAUGUUCAUCCAGACCACCACCCUGACAGUGUCCAUGAGCCUGAGCGCCACCGUAUCCUUGGGCAUGCUCUACAUCCCCAAGGUGUACGUCAUCAUCUUCCACCCGGAGCAGAACGUCCAAAAGAGGAAGCGCAGCUUCAAGGCCGUGGUGCAGGCGGCCACUGUGUCCACGCGUCUCUCCCAGAAGUCCAACGACAAACAGAACGGGGAGUCCAAGAUCGAGCCGGACAGGUCCCAGUGAAACGGCACAGAGUGACACGGCGAGGUGGUGAAUGAGAAGUCAGCAUUUACUCUAGCUUUUAGCUGGGUGCCCCCCCCCCCUCCCACUUUAUCCUCUAUCUGUGGACUGAAACACCAGCAAAGACACUUGGGGACAGUGUUUCUUUCACCGAAUCUGGAAUGAAGCACAAAAGUAAACACGGACAACUUUUUAGCACGCUUGAACCGAGAGGACGCCGAACGAUCUUGAAUGAACCUUAAAUAAAUUUUUCUUUUUUUCAUAAUAUCAUGCAACAGCUAAAACUGACCAGAAGGUGUUGUAGUUUUAAAUCUCCCUCGGAAAAAAAAAAAAAAAAAAAGAAAAGUAAAGAGAAGAAAGGAAAAAACGGAAAUGGGGAUGGAUUAAAUGGGGACCGUCGCCCCUACGGAAAGAUGUUCGUGUAUGUUGAAUCCCCUUGGGGUUAAUGAAUAGUUGCUGUUCUCUGGUUCCACAAACACUGCAUGGAUUGUGUGUUUUAUGUCUACAUGAAUGUUUUUGAAAUACUGUUUAUGUGAGGGGGUGACGUGAGUUUUAUCUGCCAACCGGACUGGAAGGAAGUAGCUCUUAAAAUGCACCACGUUGUCACCAAAUCUCCUGGGAAGAUGUGAUGUACCACAAAAAAAAAAAUAUUACCACUCAACUUCAAUCAAUAUUCAGUCACUGGCGCAACUCACCAUCUUCAAAUUGUGUUAUAAUUGCGGUUAUUGUGGCCCCAGCAGAUAGUGGAAACUAAAGAAGUUAUGGGCGCAAACAGGAUACGAGUGAUGUGAACAGGAUGUUUGUCUUCUACCUGGUACUUUGACUCCUCCACAGUAGAAAACUAUGUUUGGCAUUUCCCCAUAUUGUCCACUAAUCUGCUCUAAGGUCAGUGUGUAUGGUGCCAAGCCAGAGCCAUAGACAAGCUACUUUUAUGUUCAUGCAUGGGAACCUUGUAAGAGAGCUUCCACCCAUCGACUGUAUUUGAACUCCGUGCCAUGAAAGGUCCUCCGCGAUAGCAACUUCAUUUUAAUUUCUGUAAGCGUUAGCAUUCGGGUAACACUCAAAAUAGGACCUCUAAUCUGCCAGUGUAUUAUUUGCAUUGUAAUUUUUGUUGCAUAAUGCACAACUCAGGUUUUACUGCGCUGACAUUGUUCUUGAGGAUUUCCUUCUCUAUCGGCAAAGCCUUUUCAACACUGAUUUAACAUCGACCGUGUGUAUUUUUACUCACAAUGCAGGACUCUUGCCAGAUUCACAAACAGUGUUUGUGCUGCCCUCUGCAGGAGAGAGCAGCUCAGUGAAAUGCUUACGAAUAAAUGAACUGUUUUUAGACCCCACACCAAUCUUAAUAAAAAAAAAUAUUGUUUAUUA